UUGAAAAAUUUUAUAUGUCAAUGGUGGAUCUCGCUUCCUUUAAUGCUAAGCGUACAAGGUUAUUUUGAUGGUGUACAAGGUUACACUGUAAUCUACGGUUUCCCCGAAUGGCUUAUAAAAUAAGUCAAGUUAGAGCAAAUGCGCGUGAACUGUGAAGCAUAUCCCAAAGAUCAGUAGUUAAGUGCUCAGAAGCUGAAGCUAGCAUAAAUUCAGAGAGAAGCGGACAUGGAUGUAAUUAAACUCAAUUGCUUCAAGACCUUUCAAUCCCUAGUUUCACAUUCUCCUCCACCUAUGAGUGCUCAGAGAUCUCCCAAGUUUUCUAUGACUUCUACCCUACACUCCAGAUCUAGGCGGGACAAAGAUUCUCCAAGCUCUCCUAGCCAAGCAAGUGUUAUCUUAGCCCGCACCAUGCCACCGGAAAAGAUUGAAAUAUUCAAGUCCAUGGAAGGAUGGGCUAGAAAUAACAUCGUAACUCUCCUAAAACCUGUGAACAAAUCUUGGCAACCACAGGACUUUUUGCCAGAUCCUACCUCAGAUGGAUUUUUUGAGCAAAUCAAUGAAUUGAGGAAACGAACAAAGGACAUUCCGGACGAGUACUUGAUUGUCUUAGCCGGCGAUAUGAUCACAGAAGAAGCCCUUCCAACUUACCAAGCAAAAAUCAAUGGCACAGAAAUUUUUCACGAUGUAACAGGCGUAGACAACACACCUUGGGCAAUAUGGGCAAGGGGAUGGACUGCUGAAGAAAAUAGGCAUGGUGAUCUUUUGAACAAGUACCUCUUCCUUUCCGGACGAGUGGACAUGAGACAGAUCGAGAAGACAACACAAUAUCUGCUUGGGUCGGGAAUGGAUGCCGGUCUAGGGCAAAAUCCCUACCUUUUCACCAUCUACACAUCGUUCCAAGAAAGAGCAACAUUUAUCUCCCAUGGUAACACAGCCAGGCUUGCCAAGAGGCAUGGGGAUCCAAUACUUGCCCAGAUAUGUGGCACAAUUGCCUCAGACGAGAAGCGCCACGAAAUUGCUUAUACCAAAAUAGUUGAGAAACUUUUCGAGCUUGACCCAAAUGAAACAGUUGUGGCCUUUGCCGACAUGAUGAGGAGGAAAAUAUCAAUGCCAGCCUGCUUAAUGUAUGAUGGUGAACACAACAACCUAUUUUCUCACUUUGCUAAUGUUGCCUCUCGGAUUGGAGUCUACACAGCAAGAGACUACAGAGAAAUCCUCCAACAUUUGGUUGCAAAAUGGAAUGUGGAGAAGCUAAGUGGACUGUCGAGUGAAGGACGAGAAGCCCAGGACUUUGUCUGUGGAUUAGCUCAAAGAAUGCAAAGGGUUGAGGAGAGAGUUCUGGCACUAGCCGAAAAAGCAUCCUCCAUUCGUUUCACCUGGAUUGCUGCUAGGCAGAUGUAAGAGCCUAGGGGCCUAAAGCUGCCACCAUGUGUGCUGUCUUUUUUUUUUUUUUUUUCCUUUCUUUUUUAAUAUUUAUCAGCUUGUUCCUUUUAAAAAAAAUGGUGGUCUUGUGCAAACUCAUAUGUUAAAAUAAAAGGCUUUGAUUCGAUCCAUCACUAUUCAUA